AUGGCAGCUGUUAGUGGAAUUUCAACCGGAGGCAAGGCCUUCUUUGGCUCGUUAUGUGCUGGUACAUUCGGUCUGGGUUGUUGGCAAUUACAGCGACUAAACGAAAAAAUUGGGAAAAUUGAGGAUCGUCAGAGUCAGUUGCAGAUGUCACCUACCAGUGAUUGGAAGAGUCAGAAGCAUCCUUACCGUACACGGCUUGUAUCCGGAGCAUUUCGGCACGAUAAGGAAGUUCUGAUUGGCCCAAGAGGUGCUCCUCCUGGAGUAUCUUUACCAAGACAAGGCCUAAGCUCCAAACAAGCUGGAUCAGGGCAAUCUUCAGGAAUGGCACCAGGUCCACAAGGCUAUUUCGUGCUGACCCCAAUGGAACUGCAAGGCAAACAGACCGCUUGGAUUAAUAGAGGGUGGGUCCCAAAGACCAUGGUCCCUGAUGCGAGGCGUGGCCCCCCUACAGGAACUUGGAGUCGGCCGAAAGGGAGGGUCAGUCUCACGACUGUUCUAUCCUCUCCUGAAAAACCAAAGAUCAUUACUCCAGUGCAUGACUAUUCCAAACGACCACUGCAGUUGUUUUGGUUUGAUCCCCUUGCUCUUCAGGCUAUCGCAGAGUCCGAAGAUGAGCUCUCUUUACUAGCUGAAGUCGUCACAGAAGACGAUGAGAGCUCCGGCGAACCACAAUACCCACUGCGACCACCAGUGGCCUCGGUGGCAGACUUCAAGACCACUCCAGAAAUCCAUGCGGGAUAUGCUGCAACAUGGUUUGGGUUGUCAGGCGCCGGGAUAUAUAUGACAAGAAAAUUGAUCACUCGAGGACGGGGGUAG